CGAAGCGAUUCUGUGCACUGGACGGUCACAGCGACACCCAUGCCGCCGCUUUUUCGACGUUGGCCGUCUGGUUUCGACGGCAUUCGCAAGGUCCACUUUCCACGUUGCAUCUGGGGUCGUGAGGCGCAGUCGCCGUCGUCUUGAAACGUGGUGAGUGUUCGUAGACGCUGCUGCCGCAACCUCUCUUCGCCUCUGCUGUUGAGAGAUGCGCAGAGCUGCCGGAGUCCCGAAUGCGACAGCAUUUCCACCAACAGAAACACGCCGCACACAGAGACACACUGUCCAGAACGCAGCGCUUAGCACUUUUAGUGGCGUCAAUUGUGGCUCGUCAACGGACGCCGGCGGGUUUCUCGCCCAGCGCCCCGCGGUUCCUAACUGGGUGACUCGAGUCGAAGAACACAUUUUAGGCGCUCAUUUAGGUUCAGAGGAAAUGCGAUUUCUGACAGAAGCGACACUGCGGACACGGAGCUGUCGCAGGCAGAGCACAUCGAGUGUUAAAACGGUCAGGUAUGCUAGGCGGCCCGUCGUUCUACGCCCGUCAGAAGUGCAGAUCACUUUGGAAAGAUGUUACCGGCCUAGCACGACGGUCUCGUGAUCACGGCGCCUGAGGGUCCCCCUGCACCCGUUGCUGAUACGAGACCUACGUAGGAACCGAUGUAGAAGGUGUCUAGGCCACAGCCGCUGUUGAGUGUCCCUAGUCGCGUACGAGCUGUCUGCAUUGAUGCGAUGCGGCUGGCGUUGGUCACCGUUUCUCUCGGGUGUCUUUCUUCCACCUACAACGUGCAGCUUUGGCAGUAACUUGCAGUGAACACUUCUUAUAAGAGCGUUUCUCUAAGGUGGGUGCGAAGGAGCAUUUGCGGUGUAACGAACGCAUCGCUGUCCUCUGUUUCUUCGAAGUUUUCCGGCCUUCCGCUGCAGGAAAGUGCCCGGAUACGCAGAAUCCACCGCUCUUGAGGAGUCGACGACUCGCUCCACUUUCGGGCAUGUGUGAAAGCAGCAGGCUGCCACCAGUGAUUGGUCGUGGGUUUGCCGUAGCGAACUGUCCAGUGUGCUGAGGAAGUCGUUUUGUCGGAAGAAAGGACAAAGAAGGUGCAGAGAGGGAUGUAGACUUCAUGGACUUCCACGGUGUUGAGCAGCAGAGGAAUUUCGGUGAGGUCAAAGUGUCUGGAAGCAGCGGCUGGCACUGCAGGCUGCAUCACGGUCACGACAGAGAAAACUGUACUUCUUCACGCUGGCGCGUCAGGCGGUCGAGGAGAAGACUGGAAAAGGUGGAGUCUCCCCACGCGGGAAGAAGCGCGAAACUGGACGGCGGGUCAGGUGUACAUAUAUCCGAGAAAGGCGCUUCGCGGGCUUCGACCUGUUUCGCCCGGUGCCGGAGCUUUGACCCUUUUGGUGGACAAGAAACCUGGGUUGUUCUCACUGUCUGCACGAGGAAACCUCUGGUUCGCGACCGAGUCCUUGGGGGCCGGCUGUGCAAGGGAGACUCGCCAAAGGCGCUUUCGGAGUUCCGCCGGCAAGCACAGGACUUCUCAGCCUGCGCUGCAGAGAAAUUCGCAGAUUCUGCAGAAACAGCGAGCGAGAAACUGCCAGCGACUUUUCGCUUGACUCGAGGCUGCCUCUGGAUGCUUGGAAAGGAUUUGCUCCUUUUUCCACUUGCGCGAAAACUCGAACGCUGUUGAUUUCGUAGUAGCUGAGAACCAGGCCGCGGCCACGCAGGUGCUCGUCAGUGUCGAUUUCUGUUAAUUUGCGUGGAUUUUCGGGAGAGGAAAGCUGCGAUCACGCGCGUAUCUGCAGUUGAUUGCUGUCUGCGGUUUUCCACACUUGGUUCUUCUCAUUGACGGCGUUCGGAGCCUCAAGGACGUAAUUCUGCUCCCGAAUUCCACCCGGUAACAAGCUGUUUUCUUCUGGGUCGCG